GUUAGAUCGACUUCUUCAACAAUCGAAACUCUCUGUUCUCUCCCGCGCUCAAAGUUUUGGUUCCCUCUCAAAAUUUUCGCCAUUCAUUCAUAAUUUCCGCUCAACCUUCAGUCAGAAUUUCUGCGGCUCAUUCCCUUCGGCAAUUGUAGUUAGGGUUCUCGAAUUCGUAGCGCCCAAGACCUCCGUCAUCUGAAGCCCACUGCUGUCCAAGACCUCCGCCGCCUCCAUCGUCAUCUGAAGCCCACUACUGUCAAAGACCUCCGCCGCCUCCGUCAUCAUCUGAAGCCCACUGCUGUCCAAGACCUCCGUCGUCGUAGCGCCCAAGACCUCCGCCGCCUCCGUCAUCUGAAGCCCACUGCUGUCGCCGGCGACGAAGCCUCCUUGCUAACGACGUCGUUCCUGCUCCAUUUUUCUUCUUCCCCAACCAGUUAGUGUCUCUCUCGCUCUCACACCGGUGAAUCUGAAAAAAGAGGCACCACACCGUCGCAACGAAUCUGAAAAAAGGGGCAGAGCUGCAAAGGUUGGAAGAAUUUUGGUGAUAGAGAAAUUGAGAAAAGAUAAGCUUGAAGGUACAUUUUGUGGUUAAUUAAGGAAUUGGUAAAAUGGAUAAAUUAUGGAUGUCAAAGAAUAGAUUAUCACAAGAGUAUGAGGACGGAGUCGAAGCCUUCUUGAAUUUUGCAAUCCAAAGUGGUUGUGAUGCCAACUUAAUCACGUGUCCUUGUGCAAAGUGUGCUAAUACUAGGAAGUAUAAACGUAGUGUCAUUAAAGGACAUAUAAUAAUGAAUGGUAUGGACAUGACAUAUAAGAAGUGGAUAUGGCAUGGUGAAGGACGAACACCAUCUCAACCAACACAUGAUACUAAUCGGGGUGGGCAAGGGGAUACGAGAUGUAGUGUUGAUGAGGAGCCAAUAGAUAUGAUUCACGAUGCGUAUGAUGUCUAUGAAAAUAACCCAACCCAUUUUCAGAUGUUGCUUGAAGACGCUGAAAAACCUUUAUAUCCCGGUUGUAGUCAAUUUACCAAGCUAUCUGCCACCAUUAAAUUGUACAAUUUGAAGGCGAAACAUGGUUGGAGUGAUACUAGUUUCAAUGAUCUAUUGAAAUUGAUAAGAGAAAUGCUCCCUGAAACCAAUUCCAUGCCUUUUUCUUUGUAUGAUGCAAAGAAAACCUUAAGCACGCUAGGAUUAGAUUAUGAGAAGAUUCAUGCCUGCCCUAACGACUGCAUUUUAUAUCGGAAGGAGUAUUUAGAUUCAAGUGAUUGCCCUACAUGUGGGAUGUCAAGAUGGAAGGUGAAUAAGAAAGGGGAAGGUUGUAAAAUUACUUGAAAAAGAAUCCAAAAAAGUUGUAGCUUAUGGAACGGUCGUUGUUGCUGGUGAUGUCCUACACGGAUCUCCAAUGCAUGAAGACUCGUUACGUGUGGCGAUUGAUGAGGUUGUCGAUGAGAAUGCAAGACUACCCUUUCGUAUUUCAGAUGAGAUGGAGACUGUGGGAAGUGCCUUAGGAUCCCAUGUCGCAUGGCCUAGUGAUUUGGUGGUGGAGAAGUCAAUUGAGAAAUGCAAUAAGAAGGCAGUUGCAAAAAAUGUUGUCAAGGACUCCGUGGUGAAGAAUUUGUCAUCAUUGCCUGGAUCAUUGCUAGCACUAUACUAUAUGAUGGAGAAGUCGUUCACGGAUGUAGGAAUACAUGUGAAAAUAGACUUUGAAGUCUUCGGGCAGGAUAUUACAGUUUGGAUUCUAAAGAAGGAUGAUGUGAUUCCCUUCUGUAAUCUGGAACCGAGUACGGGGAACUGCAUUAUCACAUAUGUUUGUCAUUUGUAUGAAAAGAUGAAGAAAGAUGGAACUCUAGGAAAGUUUAUGUUUGUGAAUCCAUUUACCAUAUCUUGUGGAAAAUCAGUUGAGGCUAGAGCACGUGCAUUAUCAGAUAGGAUACUUGAGGCUACGUCAAAUCAGUUGGUAUUCGUUCCUUGCAACGUAGGUAAGCAUUGGAUUCUGACAAUCAUUGAUUUUGAGAAAGAUCGUGUGUUUUUGAUGGACCCAAUUUCUCAUCGGAAUCGCGAUACGACAUGGAAAUCCAUCGUUGACACUGCGAUGAACCUUGUUAAUGCACGCAAGGGAAAAAAAUUCAAGAAAUCGGCAAGUUGGGAUGUAGUUAAGGGACCUAUCCAGCCUGAUUCGAACCAAUGUGGAUUUUAUGUCAUGAAGUUCAUGAAAGAUGUCAUCGCACACUAUAGCCUUGAUGCCCCCACGUCUCUGUCAUCAAUGUUUAAGAAUGUGAAGACGUAUACUCUAGCUGAAAUCGAUGAAAUUCGUGAGGAAUGGGCAACGUGUGUGAUAAAGCACGCCUUUGAUUGAUCUUUAGGUGUGCAUAUAUAUGGCAGGUGGAUAUUCAGUCCGUGUUUUGAAGAAGCAACGAUUUCAAUGAUUUUCUUGUAAAUUAGUCAAUAUGUCUACAUAUAUGGCAGCGUUUUGUUAUUUAUGUAGAACAUAUAUGACAAGACUUGUUUGGAUGGUUAUAUGUAGCACUUACAUCUUUGGAUGCUAUGUUAUCUAUGCUAAUAUUAUUUUGUUAA